AUGGCUCAAGAAAUUGAACAUUAUCAAAUGGAACAAUUCGAGAAUGUUCUUGAUGGGAAUGACAAAAGUAUCUCCAAGAUUCCCAGGUACAGCCAAUUUCAAGCAAUAAAAACAGUGCUUAAAGAAAUUUUCAGGUCAUCCUCCGCGCUUGUAGAUCAAUCAUUGAGGGACAAGCUAUACAACCUCAACAAUGCUUUGACCGAGUGCCGGAUUCUAUCAAGGAAACACGGUUUCUACUCUCCUGAGGAGCUACUCACCAUCAACAGAAUCAGAAUGGAGUUAAAACAAAUCAAAAAGGAACUCAAGACUAUCCUAGGAAACAGUAAUAGAGGAUCGAAUCGGACCAUUGAACAAGUUGUAAGGAAUGUUGAUUCCAUUAGCUCAAAGGACAUAGAGCCUUUCAGGUGGUCAACUCGUUCAGUGGAUGCAUCCAAGGUGUAUGGAUUUGACGAUGAUGUGUUGUCAAUGGAAAAGUUGCUUGUCCAAGAAGAAAGUCGAGAUCGAUUCAAGGCAAUAGGCGUUGUUGGUAGGGAAGGGAUAGGAAAAACAACACUUUGCCAAUUGGUAUUCAACAAACCAGAGGUGAAAGACAAAUUCCUUCCAAGGAUCUGGGUGUGCAUGGCCAGACACCCGGAUGGCCACGACGAUGAAGAUCUGAAAGUAGCAAUUGUCAAAAGAAUGUUGGUGUACCUUGGAGUUGGAAAGGAGACGGUGAAGUCCAUUUUCGAUGAGAAGCGUGGCCUCGAAGGACUGCUGUGUGCUCUCUACCAGCAAUUGGUGGGCAAGAGGUAUCUGAUUGUGCUUGAUGAUGCUAGGGAGACCGAUUCAUGGUACGGAAAGUUGGAUUCUUGUUUGAGCCGUGAUAAGAAAUGGGAUGAUCGGUUUGCAUUUGGAUUUCCAAAAGGCCAUGGGGGAAGAGUCAUAGCUACAAGCAGGAAUGAAGAAGUAGCAAAGAAGAUGGUUGGGGAGAAAAAUAUACACCACCUUUUGCCACUUUCAGACCCCGACAUCUGCUGGGCAAUUUUCAAGGACACGGUUGAGGAUAAUCGGGUUGAGGAUGAUCGGGUUGAGGAUAGUGGGGUUGAGGAUGAUCGGGUUGAGGUUGAGGAUGAGGAUGGUCGGGUUGAGGGUGAUGAGGACGAGGAUGAGGAUGAUCGGGUUGAGGAUGAGGAUGAUGAGGAUGAGGAUGAUCGGGUUGAGGAUGAUGAGGAUGAUGAGGUUGAGGAUGAUCGGGUUGAGGAUGAUGAGGAUGAUCGGGUUGAGGAUGAUCAGGCUCUGUUGAAUGUCUAUGAUCCGGCUCUGUUGAAUGCCUCAAACUUGGAUGAUCUGAAGUUGGAAAUCAAACUAAAAUGUGGUGGCCUUCCAUUAGCAGCAAAAAUGAUGGGACAGGCAAUGCGGACGGACAGAAUUGUCAAUUCUGAAACCUUUUAA